UUAGAACACCGUGCCAAGAAGUCGAUCUAAAAUACCACGUUACAAUAGAUCCCCGAAUAGUUUCGAGAUGGCGGAAAGAGAAUCCCCGAAUAGUUUCGAGAUGGCGGAAAGAGAACCGCUGAAUAGUAGCGAGAUGCCGGAUGGAAUUAACAGGGUGGUUGCAGGCGAACCGGGUCCUUUGACAGUCUUUAACAGGGUGGUUGCAGGCGAACCGGGUCCUUUGACAGUCUUUAACAGGGUGGUUGCAGGCGAACCGGGUCCUUUGACAGUCUUGAACAGCAGGAAUAAUAACGAACCGGUUUCGAAAGUCUUUCCCUGGAACAAGCGAGACAUUCGUAUUAUUGGAAUCGUGGUAAUGGUAAUAAUACUUACAGUGGUUGUAGUAGCGGUGUUGUGCGUAAAACUACGUAAUGCUAAUCAAAGACAAGACGGGAUGGAAUCACCAAUGGCGAUACCAAAACAUAUUGUAAAUACCGUUUACCGUAUAUUGGGAAAUAUGGAUGAGAAGAAGAAGCCGUGUGAUGAUUUCUGGUUACACUCUUGUGGCGGAUAUAUUGAAUCCCACCCUUAUAAGGAAAGACAGGACUACAGAAGAGAAAUGGGCGUGAAAGCAGAAAUGCAGGAUUCAACUGACGAAGAAGUUAUUCGUUUACUUGAAGAACCAACAACGGAGUCCACCAUCGAGCCAGUUAAGAUGGUUAGAAAUUUCUACAGAUCUUGUACGGACAAAGUGACAAUAGAGAAAACUGUGAAAAGUUUUAUGUCCGGUCUAUCGGAGAAACUUGGAGGUGUCCCGAUAAUUACAGGAAAUAAAUAUUCAAGUGACCACGCUACAACUUUGCGAACUCUUAUAAGUGUGACUGGUGACCUGCCUUGGUUGCAAUAUUAUAUUUUGGACGGCCCAAAGCGUAAUCAUACAAUAAUCAGAUUGCGACUGAAAUUGAAUUGUAAUGUAUAUAUUUUAUUGCGUACCAUUACAACUAUUGGUCUCAUGUUUGGUUCUCCUGAUCGAGUUGAUAAAAUUUUGAACUUCUGUCGUCAAACGUCACAAAUGCAGGUCUUACCAAUGGAUGAUAACUUUUUCAAUGGUAAAAUCUAUAGGGAGAGUGACAUCACUCAACAUUUACCUAGUCUUGAACUGGUGAGCCUCUUCAAAUAUAUAGUGAAUACUUCUUCCAAACCAGCAAGCAGUUUCUUGUUUAUAAUUGAUGACAUGUCCGUGUUCAAAAGAUUCGACCAUCUUGUUCUUGAAACAGAUACCAAGGAUUUUAUAAACAUCGCUUUUCUUCAAAUAUUACAAGAAUUCUAUGGAAUGAUACCAACUAUUGGAAUGUACUUAGCGGAUUCAAUUUCUAACCUGGGAGUUGCACGCAAUUAUAUUCAAUCAAACAGUAACUUGUCAUCGAUUCCGGCACAAAAGAAGACUUGUUUAGAUAUAGCAUACCUGUCAAGUGACGUGCUUGGAUGGUUGUAUAGUAAAAAGUACUUCGAUAAACAGGUGCAAGAACAGGCAAAGUAUAUAGCGAAAUAUCUCGAGAAAUCUAUGGAAAAGGUUUUAUCAGAAAGGAAGUGGUUAACCCAAGAAUCUCGAGAGAGUGCCAAGAAUAUAAUUAAGAAACUGAGUAAGAAAGUCCAUGUAGGUUCCCAACAUUCACAACAGGCGGAAGCUAAAUUGAUUAAAAGAUAUGAAAAUCUAAAACUCUCAGACAAUUUUCUCGAAAAUACUUUUGCUUUAAAGAAGAGACGUACACAAUUAAUAAUUUCGGACAUGUUGAAGAAUGAUAUGAACCAGGUCUCAGACAUGGAUAUACAAGCUGUCUAUUAUGUGGUAAAUAAUUCAAUUCAUAUCCCCAUCGCUAUGCUGCAGCCACCAGUAUUCUAUAAAGGAGCGCCUAUGGCUCUGAAUUUUGCAGGACUGGGAACGUAA